GCCUAUGAUUCCUAGGUGUUCCCAGUUUCUCAUCAGGACAGAAGGCAGCCCACAAACCAUGAAGUUUGGGUUCAGCUGGCUUUUCCUUGUUGCAAUUUUAAAAGGUGUCCAAUGUGAGGUGCAGCUGGUGGAGUCUGGAGGAGGCUUGGUGAAGCCUGGGGGGUCUCUGAGACUCUCCUGUGCAGCCUCUGGAUUCACUUUCAGUAGCUACUAUAUGAACUGGGUCCGCCAGGCUCCAGGGAAAGGCCUGGAGUGGGUUUCAAGAAUUAGUGAUACUGGUGGUAGCACAUACUAUGCCAACUCUGUGAAGGGCCGAUUCACCAUCUCCAGAGACAACGCCAAGAAUGAGCUCUACUUGCAAAUGAGCAACCUGAGAACCGAGGAUACAGCUGUAUAUUACUGUGCAACAGACACAGUGAUAGAAAAUCAGUGGGAGGUGAUACCUCCUGACACUACAGGGCUGGAGUGGAGUCAGGACUGCAGACAGGGUGCCAGUGUGAAAGGUCGUUCAGAGGAGCUCACUUUGUGGCAAGAAGGUCUCAUGGGGUGUGACUGUCUCAUGGAUGUUUCCAGGGAAAUGGAAACUGGUGUCCUGCGCCAGAUGCAGCUGCAGGAAUGGGGCCCAGGAAUAGCAAAGCCCUCUCAGACCCUCUCCCUCACCUGCACUGUUGGUGGAUUCUCUUUAAUUAGCUCUGGUAUGCACUGGACCCACCAGACUCCUGAGAAGGAGCUUGAAUGA